CAAAACCAUCCCAUAUUCAUAUUACCCUGUUUGAAGCUUGAAGGUACCUGUAUAUGUGUAGUGACUGUGGUCUACUAACUCUACUUACAUUAAAAAAAUUAGAUUGUUGCACCCAGCUUUGACUUGAACAGUUGAGGAAUAUAUCAAGUUUUUCAAUCGUUACUACAGCUUUCCCGCCAUUUAUGGCAACAUGAGAUUCCUGCUUAAUGAAUAAGCUCCUAUCUAAUUGUUAAUAAAAGUACACAACUGGGUGGUCACAACUUCACAAGUUUCCAUAUGUAUUCGAAAUUUAUUUCUCAGAUAGAUUUUUCAAUAGAAUUGAACUAAAGUUUGUAUCAUGAGUGUGAACGAUGAAGAAAAAAAGCCUUCAGCACCAACUCCUCCUGCAGCACAUGAAAUGAAUGAAGAUACUCAGCCACUGUUACUAGAUCACAACCCUCACCUCCAUCACCACCACCACCAUGCCAUGCAGCCUGUUGGUGUUGUGGACUUGGAGGCUGACAGCAAACGGAAAAUAAGAGCCAUAGCAAUUAUUGGGAUGAUAGCAGUUUUGGUGGCUGGUGUCCUGAGAAGAUUUCCAGUGAUAAGCUGCUGCACGGCUCUUGCUCUUGUGCUGCUUUUCUUCCUGUACAGCGCAAUUGCUUCUUUUGCCCUUUUUAUUGCUUCUUUACUAGGUGUUUUAUACAACGCCAGUGACCAAGCUGUGUUCUGUCCAGACUAUCCACCCGAUGCACGACAAUGUGUCAUGCUGCCUUCCUCUGUUGGUCUGCCAAGUGAGAACUUGAGACUCUAUGCGGCAGACAACACGCGACUACACGCAGUCUUUGUGGGUCAGACAGACCCUGUGCUAAGACUGAACACUUACACCAUACUUUAUCUACAUGGAAAUGCAGGCAACUUUGGGCAUAGGCUAGCCAAUGUGUGCGGUCUUUUCAACCGCAUCAAGUGCAACGUGCUGCUGUUGGAGUAUCGAGGCUACGGCUUCAGCUCAGGCCACCCGUCAGAAGCUGGGCUCUACCAAGACGCCACAGCAGCACUCAACUACCUGCACACCAGACAAGAUAUUGAUGUCAAUAAAAUUGUGGUCUUUGGUAGAUCUUUAGGUGGCGGAGUCGGUAUUGAGUUGGCAAGUAGAAGCAACGCAAGACAAGAACUUCGAGCCCUCAUUGUAGAGAACACCUUUACCUCCAUACCUGAUAUGGCUAAGGCACUGCUGCCUAAGAAUAACUUCAUCACCAAGUUGCCUCUUUGCUGUUAUAAGAAUCAGUUCCUAUCGCGGCUGAAGAUCCUGCGGACGGCUGUUCCCACGCUGAUCGUAUCAGGGCUACGGGACACGCUCGUGCCGCCCCACAUGUCAGUGCAGCUGCAUCAGGCGUGCGGCGCGCACCACAAGCGCUUGGUGCGCUUCUCCCACGGCACACACAACGACACUUGGCGCUGUCCAGGAUACUACUCCGCUCUCAAGUAUUUCCUGGACGAGGUGACUGGUGGAGCGCAGGUGUCGCCGGUGUUCCCGCCAGGAGUGACGUGGCUGCGCGACGCGGCCCAGAACCUAUAGCCAUGACUGGACGGCAGCUUGUGCGCGAUUCCAUGAAGUUCUUGACUUCAAUACGUCAAGAAGUUCUUCAUUGCCGCCUGAAGUUCUUCACUUUUGAAGGGAUGAAGAAAUGUGUGCGUUGUGUAGAAGUUUGGGCAUUGUCGUUCAGUAUUUGAAAAAAUCCUGGUUCAAUAACCUUAUAACUCCACGCCAACAGACUUAUUUAUUUAUGAUUUUUUUUUUUGCUCCUGUGAAAUUGCGUGUGCAUCUAUCUCAUUGCUUUCUCAUGAACGAGUUAUUUUAUACUUGUCUUACAAACUGUCAUUGUAGGUAUUCUAUAUAGGGGCAAAUAAUCUUUAUGUUUACCGCGAUUUUAAACUUCUAUGCCUUCAAAUUUUGUAUCUAGUUAAAUUUUUUAAUGAACUCUCACAGUAACGUCACAUCAGUGACUCUAGUUUCUUGUAACAGGUAUCGCGGAAUCGUUGUGUUCAAAGUCUAAAUUCUAUUCCUCUAAUAUUACUUCAAUUACUUCAUUGUUUACUUCGUUUACUUUUGGUUAUUUAAACAGAACAUUUCAGAAAUGGGGAUUUUGAUCAAUUGUUUU